CGGCUACCAGCACGACUCCAUGCUCAAAUCAGCGCAGCAAAUCGAAGAGGUGAAGGAACAAGUGUGUGCCAUGCAGCGAUAAAAUUGAUCAGUUUGUUUAAUAAUCACUAAUUUAUCACGUGCGGUGAUAAUAAAUUUGGGAUUGCGUAGUUGGCAACCCCUGCAGACUUAACCUUACUUCACCUUGUUUUUAAAGUGACGUUUCAAAGAAUUGAAAUAUGAUAGCAAACAGUCGUCCAAAGUUGCUGUUUAUAGUUGUUUGAGAUUAAUCGAUGCAAUGUCGUUUCUAAGUCGCCAGUUAAAAUUUUGCUUGAAGCUUCCAAGACUAACAACGCAAAUUCGUCUGCAACAGACCAAACCCAAACUAGCGGUUUCGGGAGACGUUAUUCCAAUAUUUAGCAAUGCCCAUCUUUUCCCCGAUAAAGUCGCGCUCCGCGACUCUGUCGGUAGCUACACUUAUGGUAAUUUAUUCAUAAGUGCGAAAGAAUUAGCAAAUACCAUUACACAAAAAGUUGAUGGUAAGACAAACCAACGGGUGAUGUUCCUAUGCUCCCAUGACGCAGACUACGUGGUCACGUUAUGGGCAAUUUGGAUGUCUGGCCAAAUUGCGGUGCCCCUAAGUCCCCAACACCCCAAAAACAUUCUCCUGUAUUACGCCAAUGACACUAAUGCAAGCCUCCUAAUAACGACAAGCCAGUACGUUGAUUUGAUGCAAAGAGUAGCCAAAAAUACGAACACAAAGCUGCACGUCCUUGAUGACAAGCUAAAAUUAACCACAGCUGCAAAAGUCGCAACGAAAAAAAGUGACUUGGAAGCCCCUCUCUCCCUCAGUUUUUACAGCGCCAACAAUGCUCUUAUCCUAUACACGAGUGGCACAACCGGCAACCCUAAAGGCGUUGUCCUCACGCACAAAAACAUUGUUUUCCAAGUAAAUACUCUCCUGGAGGCGUGGAAAUGGACCCCCAACGAUGUCAUCCUCCACACUCUCCCCCUACAUCACGUCCAUGGCAUCGUAAACGCUCUACUGUGCCCCCUGUACAUGGGGGCUAAAACGAUCAUGUUGCCGAAGUUUGACGCGAACGCCGUCUGGUCGCAUUUAUUAGGCGUGAGCCCCCAGCAAGGCGACCGCAGGAUUAGUGUCUACAUGGCCGUGCCGACAAUUUACACGAAACUAAUAGAGGAGUACAAACGCGUGUUUAGUUCCGACCCGAAAAUGGUCGAACAUAUUAGAAACAUUCUAAAGAAUAAAGUCCGGUUGAUGGUGAGUGGUUCGGCUCCGCUUCCGGUUCCGGUGUACCAGCAGUGGUUCGAAAUUUCCGGUCAUAAACUCCUGGAGAGGUACGGUAUGACCGAAACAGGGAUGAGUCUCUCAAAUUUGUAUGAUUCGGACCGGGAGCCAGGCUUCGUGGGGCUGCCUUUGCCCGGAGUGUCAGUCAGACUAGUCGACGAAAAUUCCAAGUCCUCCGCCCUCGAAAUGACCAACUCCGGUGGGGAAAUUUCGUGUCAGAUGGACAAUAAGCUGGUGGUGAGUGGGGAAGUAAAAGGGGAGUUGUUGGUGAAAAGCGACGGCGUUUUCCGGGAGUAUUACAACAGGCCGGAGGCGACCAAAAAGGAGUUUUCGCAAGACGGUUGGUUCAAAACUGGUGAUGUUUCGUUGUUUUCCAUCAGUAAGAACAAAUUUAAAAUUCUCGGGAGGAAAAGUUCCGAUAUUAUUAAGUCUGGCGGCUACAAACUCAGCGCAAUUGAAAUUGAGACUGCAUUGUUAGGGCAUCCCGAUAUUAAAGACUGCGUAGUUGUAGGAGUUGAGGAUAAGGAGUGGGGGCAAAGGGUGGCAGCGGUUGUGGUUUUACGUGAAAAUAAAACUCUGACUUUGGAGGAUUUGAGGAGUUGGGGGGGCGAGAAGUUGGCCAAAUAUGCCUUGCCGUCAGUUUUGGAGAUUGUUAAUGAGAUUCCGAAAAAUGCCAUGGGGAAGGUGAAUAAGAAACAGUUGGUUGAUGCAGUUUUCAGGAAGUGAGUGGCGGAAAGACUGAUUUUUUAAUAUAUCUAGAGGUUGUUAUAGUAUUACUAUACUUUUUGGUAUUAUUUCUUAUUACGUAUUGUUGAUGUAUAAUGAUGUAUUAUUAAUAAAUAUUGAUAUUCAGACAGA